UGUUUCUCAGGGCCAGCAGUGUGCAAGUGGUCUGAAAUCCUCUAGUUACAUGGAAGAAGGGUGACAAUCUCUUGAUCUAGUUUUACUCCUCCAUCCCUUCUACUGAAGGGCAUUCCCUUACACACAAACCUUGCACUGGUUAAUUGACAAAAGAGUUGCCUAAAAUCUCUUAAUGGUUUAGUAUCACAAAUUCUUUCAUUUAUAGAUACACAUACUCAUAUGAAGGUCUUGGGGCUUGGUCACAAACAAAAUACAUGUAAUUAAUGUGUAGGUUUAGGCAGUUUGUCCUAAAUCUCUGUAAUACCUGCUGUGUAUCUUUAUAACAGGUCGGGGUGGAACUAAAAUUAAAGAACUUGAGAAUUCUUCAGGUUCCAGGAUAAAGGUUACAAGAGGAACCUAUGAAUCUGAAGUAAAGAUUUUUGGCAGCGUUGAUGUGCAAAACAAAGCCAAGAUGUUGAUUGACAACCUUGUUACAAGCUCUGACCAUAUUAGAGGUGGGACAGAGAAAGGAAAAGCCUUGGACAUUAUCAAGCCUGAAAAUAAUCCAAAGAAACCAGUGAUUAACUGGGCCUCUAUUCGAGAAAACAGGGCCAAAUAUGAAUCUAUGAAGUGGGCAGGCUUGCCUCCAAUUGAGAAAAACUUCUACAAAGAAUCAUCCAGGACUGCAUCCAUGUCACAAGAAGAAGUGGAACUGUGGAGGAAGGAAAAUAAUGAUAUAACUUGUGAUGACUUAAAAGAAGGUGAAAAGCGUUGCAUUCCCAAUCCUGUUUGUAAAUUUGAAGAUGUAUUUGAGCAUUAUCCUGAUAUUAUGGCAAAUAUAAGAAAAGUUGGUUUUCAAAAGCCUACACCAAUUCAGUCCCAGGCGUGGCCAAUUAUACUCCAAGGAAUUGAUCUUAUUGGUAUAGCACAGACUGGUACUGGGAAGACAUUAGCAUACUUAAUGCCUGGAUUCAUUCACUUGACUUCACAACCAAUAUCUAAAGAUCAGCGUGGGGGGCCUGGAAUGUUGGUCCUUGCUCCCACUAGAGAACUGGCGCUUCAGGUAGAGGCAGAGUGUUCAAAGUAUGCAUACAAAGGAAUUAAAAGUAUUUGCAUCUAUGGUGGUGGGGACCGAAAAGGACAGAUAGACGUGGUUACCAAAGGUGUGGAUAUUGUUAUUGCUACUCCUGGCAGACUGAAUGAUCUUCAAAUGAACAACUUCGUAAAUUUGAAGAGCAUAACAUAUUUGGUUUUAGAUGAGGCUGACAGAAUGCUGGAUAUGGGAUUUGAACCUCAGAUAAUGAAGAUCCUAAUAGAUGUGCGUCCUGACAGACAAACUGUUAUGACGAGUGCUACUUGGCCUGAUGGUGUCCGUCGCCUAGCAAAAUCCUACUUGAAAAAUCCCAUGAUUGUAUAUGUUGGCACUCUAGACUUAGCAGCAGUAAACACAGUACAACAAAAAGUUAUUGUUAUCCCCGAGGAGGAAAAGAGAACUUUCAUGCAUAACUUCAUUAAGUCUAUGAAGCCAAAAGAUAAGGUCAUCAUUUUUGUGGGAAAAAAGCUUACAGCUGAUGACUUAGCAAGUGACUUUGGUAUCCAGGGAAUUCCAGUGCAGUCCCUUCAUGGUAACAGGGAACAAUGCGAUCGAGAGCAGGCUUUGGAUGACUUUAAGAAAGGCAAGGUUCGAAUAUUGGUAGCUACUGACUUGGCAUCCCGUGGCCUUGAUGUGCAUGACAUUACUCACGUUUUUAACUUCGAUUUCCCUCGCAACAUUGAAGAAUAUGUUCACAGAGUAGGGCGUACUGGAAGAGCAGGGCGCACUGGGGAGGCAGUAACACUUGUCACGAGCAAUGACUGGAGGUUUGCGUCUGAGCUGAUUGACAUUUUGCAGAGAACAAACCAGGUAGUUCCUGACAAGCUUAUUGCAAUGGCAGACAGAUACAAACAAUCACAAAUGAGAAAAGAAAUUGAGAAGGAUACACAAAGACCUUGGAAAAAGCCCUCAAAAUCAGUAUAAUCCCUUGAAGCUACUGAAACAGAGGAAACAAUUUUAAGUAGUGUGAGCAUCCAUGGGCUUGAAUUUAUAAGUUUCAUUUUGUGUUUGAUUAUUUUCUGUAGCUGUCCUAUUUUAACUUCUCAAAAGUGUCUUGGAAAAGAAAACUGGAUUAACUCUGUAUAGGAAUAAAUCUGGUUUUGCACUUGGACACUAUUUUCACAUGAAAAUUGUUUUCUUUUUUCUUGUGUGAUGUAUGAAACUUCUAAAGCCAUUAUCUACUGGUUAAAAACGAAUAUUGUGGCUUUGUUCGUUUGGGUUUUUCUUUAGUUAAAUGCAGUAUUACUAUGUAAGAAUUUAAAAGAUAUUUUUUCCUUGAAAUUCAGAGAACUGGAUUAUUCAAUGUUUGUCAAUGUAGUUUCAAAAUACUGUACCUUUGCCUUGAUAUGCUGCCGGCAUGCAGAAGUAUUUCUCAGGGUAACAAAAACUGCUCUGUUUGCCAUUACUUAUGUUUGAUGAAGCAAGUUUUCUUUAUUCUUAUUUUAAAACUUAACAUUGGAAGUCAUUUUUAAGACUUGUGUGUCAAGAUUUUUUUGAGAGAGGUCUGCAUUUUCUUGUAAUGGAGGGGAGCAUGACAAGAAGUACUUGUUUGUGGCUAGCUGGGGAAGAAAAUCAGCUUCUGGUUUUCUGGUUUUUGUGGAUGUAAUAUUCUAGCUUAAGGAAUAAAACCAGAAUUUACUAGAAAAAUGUUAACAAAGUCAUGGAGAAAAUAAUAUAUUUGAAGGUCAGCUUUUAUUUCUUCCAGAUAAAGUUGAUUCACACUUCACAUUUGGAUGUCAGGUUCUGUCACACAGACUCCCAGUGAUAAUGGGGCAUGUUUUCUACUCUUUGAAAUUUAUAUGGGAAGGAGUCAUUCCUUCAUUUGAUGCUUUAUCUGAACUUGUGUUUAUUUAUGUCAUGAUUGAAUAUAAACUAAUAAACAAAAUCCAGGAAAAUUAGAAUAUUCUAGUAAAAUUACUCUCUAAAUAUUCUUCUCUUAGUUUGCUCAUAAUUGAGGUAAAUCUGGGGAUUAUUCAAGCCAGUAGGUUAUUUUGCCUUCAAAAAGUGGGCUGAAAAACAUGGACUUCCCAUGGCUUCUAUAAGUAGAAGCAAAAGAUGCAUUUAUUUGCAGCACAGCAGUUUUCAAAUGCAGUGUACUUCUCACCUGCACAAUUUUAGUAAUAGGAAAUAAUUACUUUUUUUUCUUAACACAUAUUUCUUCCAUAUGAGAAAAAUGGAUAUGAAUUUCAGUUUCAGGAGUGUCCAGUUCAUGCUGCAUUUUGGUUUUGAUAACUUUUGAUAUUAAGAGUAUUCAUCCUUGAUACAGGUAGAAAGAUGUAUUUCUUUCUACAUGAUUCAUCAUAUAAAUAAAUGCUCAUUGGCACAAAACCAUCUACUCUGUUGCAGGAUGUUAGGUAACGAUGUUUCCCAUCCAAAGUCCAAUGAAAACGCUGAUUUCUAAAGUAAUUCUGAAGACUCAUAAAGGAUAAAUUACUUCAGGAACUUUUGUAUCACUCAAUAAAAUAUUCUCUCUCUGCUAACUGUUGCUGGUGAUUGUCCUCUGCAAAAGAUCAUCCAUGCAGGUGAUCUGGAGAAGUUGUUCUGGUUAAUGUUGACGUAACUCAACAUUAAGUGACUUUUUUUUCUUUUGAAAGGAAUGUGUUUUGGAUAUUCUGCAGUAGAUCUUAAUUUAAAUAAAAUUGUCAUUUUUCCCUUUAUGCAGUCAUCAAUGCCUUUGUAUUUGGAAACAUAGAAAUUACACGUGGGAAAUGAACUUUUGCAAAUUCUUCUAUAUGUUCUUAGCAUACCUUGAAGAUACUUUGCAGGUGACAUAUACAUUUGGGUAGGCAAGGUAAAUAU